GCGGGGAGCCGGGGCAGGGGUGGCCGCGCCCGCCGCUCCGGUUCCCGGGGCAGGGAAAGGUGCGUUCCCCGCGGCGCUGGCUCGGGCGCAGUUGGGAGCGCUGAGCCCCCUGGCCCUUUGCAGGGAAGGAGCCCGGGGAACCGGAGCGCUCCCUCCUCUGGGUGCUGCGCGGGCAGGGGGCGGCUCUGACACGCGGAGCCUCCCUCGGUCUGGAUGCAAAGUUUACAAAGGCAGCCAGAGAACCAAGGUGCUGGUGACUGGGUCGUAGGAUGGCAUUGCAAAAGCAAAAGGAGGAUGUCUCUGGGGAGCUGACAGAACCUUUUGCUCAGGAUUCAAAGACAAAGAUGGUGGAGGAAGAGGAAGAAGCGCUGGUGGAAGUGGAGUUGGAGGCCCUGGGGUCUGAAAGCAGCUUUGAAACUGAAACCCCAGAUUUACUUGGGGACGGUGGCCACCCCACCCCUGAGGACGAAGACGGCAGGCCCCUGUUCUUUGAGAAGAAUCUGGAGCAACUUGACACCUCACACACAGUAAUGUGUACAUUCUCAAUUUCACUAGCUGUGCCAAUGGCUGCAGGUCCAAAGCAUAGGAUAUCCAAUUUAACUGACAGGCAGAGAAAAAAGUCUAACAUUGGGAAAGAUGCAGCAGCUAUUCCAAAAAUGCGGCGUUACUACCACAUUGAGUAUUUCCUUCUACCAGACGAUGUUGAGCCUAGGAAACUCGAUUUGGCAUUGUUUGGUGUGGUGGCCAAGCUGUUUGUGGAAUGUGAAUCCAAGCCAUCGACUGCACAGGUUCAAGCAGAGCGCUACAGGCAGAAACGGUCGACAACAAUAAUUUCCUCAGUUGUGAAACCAUGGUUUGAAAAUGACCAAAUAUGGGUGUCCUGGAACCACAGUAUUAAUAUUCAUGUUACUAAUGAGUUUCUGAUAAAACUGAGAGAUCACAAAGUAACUCUGACGAUAUGGGAUACCAAGGACAAAGUUUCUGCAAAAGCUAGGUUUAGUAAACCCAGGGUUCCUUUUUCACAGGUAGACGAUUCAGAUGCUAUUGGUGGAGUAAAAUAUACGGUGUUAUUGCAAAGAAAACUCUUAGAGGACAAUCAGCCAGAACUCAGCUGUGUUAAAAUGAAAGGUGUGAAGGUACCCAGUGCACCAGAGAAACCUGCAAUAGGUUUUGCAGCAGGGGAAAGUAAGCCUUUACCAGAGGAAGCUGAACUGUAUGAGACACCAGCAUCCCUUUCUGUUUUCCAAUCUUUACUUCCUCCCUCAAGGACAGAUGAGUUUUCUUCAGUGAGAGUCGUUCAUUUUGAGGAUCUUCAAGGGCAAAGUAACAUGAGCAAGGUAUUGAAUCAGAUACUAGGAGGAAGUUUGCUGAUGUGUCUGUCCAGUCGUUUUAGUGUUUCGGGAGGUAUCGUUUCUAACAGAGACAAAAUCCUGAAUGAGGGCAAUUAUUUGAAGCAGAAUACAAUUGCUGGCUUUUCAGAUUAUGUGAUUCCAAAAAAGCCAGAGAAAACGAAGUUUAGCUUGGAAAAUCCAGCAGACCACCGAGACAAAAAAGAUCCAAAAGGUAAAAGGAAAAGUUCUACUCCUAAAAGAGGCCCUGCUCUUAAAGAACGAAGGCAGAGCAAAGUGUCCAAUGCAGAGACCCUGAUUGCAGCAUUGACAAAGAAGUGUGGCAUAGCAUCUUUGCAACUGGAUCUCAUGCCUCUCCUCUCAGGGGAAAGGUUAGUGAUCAGUCGACUGCAAGAGAAAUCCUCUAAGAUUUUAGAUGCUUAUAUGACUUUCACUACAGAAGAACCUCUUAUGUCUGAGAGACAGAUAAGUGAAUUAAAUCCACUGAUUAUUAAGAUUCAUUCUGCUACAUGCCUCCCGAUGACUCCUGUCCCAAUUGAAGUGCUGCAGGCGACCUGUGUUCCUGCAUACUGCAGAUACCAGUUUCACAACCUCCCUCCUCAUCAAACGCAAGGGCAAACCCAUGGAACUCACAUCUAUUUUAAGGAUGUCAAUGUGAUUCUAACAGGGACAAUCAGUCCUGGGGAAUUGCGUGAGUAUUUUAAAGGGCCACCUUUGGAGAUUGAGGUUCAUGACCGGGACAGAAAAAUGGCAGAGGACAUUAAAAAACCCUCUUUGUUUGGUGAAGAGCAAGAUGAUGGAAAGCUGAGUCAUGUGGGGCUUGUCUCUUACAAACACACAGCCUAUAAUCCAUUUACAGAAAAGGACAACUUAUGGCAUCCCUAUGGGGUAGCUAGAGUCAGUCUAACUGACCUACUUCUAGGUGAAAAGUACUUGAAUAUCAGCGUGCCCAUUCACAGCUGCUCAGUUCCAGAUCCUGGCUACCAGAAGGAUAGUAAGACUGAAAAAAUUCUGGGAGUAUUGGGAUCAGUGGCUGGCCCUCAGACUUCUCCAUUGCCUAUGGGACAUUAUCUAGAAUCGGACUCAGUCCUGAAAGUAAGAGUUGAAAUAGCUGUGCCGCUAGGUCUGCCGGCAGAAGCUGCUGACACUGACGUUGCAGAUUGCCCAUAUGGUUGCAUUAUCUAUAUUUUUGACUACAAUAAUGCCCCUUGCUUACAUGAUUUGCUGCAAGAGAUUACAGAGAUUAAUGCUGAAGCACUCCAGCUGGAUUCUUAUCCCCUACAAGUAAUUCAGAUGGCUCUUGCUACUUUCAAACUGAAAACCACGACCAAGGAAAUUUCUGAGCUGGAUAUCAUUACUGGUUUUCAUAUACUGGAUGGAACAAUUCACCUUUUAGUCUUGGAAGGAUUAAAGGACAAAGCAAUCAAGAGACUGUGGGAACAGCAAUUUGAUAAGACUCACAGAACUGAAAAUGGAAGGUUGGAUAUAUUAUAUAACUCACAGCUGUCUUUCCAUCAGCGCCUGUAUACAGACCUGGAAGCGAUCCUGUAUCAUAUUCACCUCUGUAAACCCCUCUCUGCUAUAACAAGACAACCUCUCCUUUAUGUCAGGGAUAUGGUUCGUCAGGCAUGUUUCCAAGCCUUGUCCAGGCUUGAUUAUCUCUGCCACAGUAAGAAGUUAAGGGAUGUCGUUCAGAGGGGUCUGUUGCCCUCUGCAGAAAUGAUCACAGUCUUGAGUCAGGAAUUUGGGAUUCCCCUAACUAAGGAGGAUUUGUUUAUUCAAAGACCUCCCCUGCCCUCAGUCUCCCCAUUUGCUUUGCAAAAAUCCAGAAAAGUUACCACAAAACAAGGAGCAAUGCAUUCUUUACUGGAUAACCACAAUGAAAAGUACAUUCAGUGUAAAAAGGAAAUGGAAGAUAAAAUGCAGCAUUACAAAGACCACAUCCAGACUAACAUUGAUGCCAUGUACCUACUCAGUAGGAAGGUGAAAAAGCCAAAGUUCAGAGCCAUCAGGAGUUCUCCUGCUGACGGCAAGUCGGUCUACAACUACAGUUCUCAGCAUCUGAAUUCUGCAGAACGGGCAAAGAUGCAACUUCGUAAGGAGCUGGCAAAGAAACCAGAGAGGAGAUUCGCUUAUUGCCACGAAUACCUGUCAGCCAUGUUUGAUCCUGUGGAUUUGGACACUGUCCGGAAAGAAUCUAUUGCAAAAUCCAAGAAUUUGUGGGUAUCACCAAGUGGGUUUGUAUGUCCUGGAUUUAAGAGCUGCAUUGAAUCCAAUCUGCACCCUCUUAUGCCUGACGAGACACGUUUGAAGGAGUUAACUGAGAAAUGGCAGGAGAACAGUCUGUUUGCUAACAUUUUGGAGCCAGUGCUGAGUCGUGACAGAUGGAGUUGGGACCAGCGUCAUAUAGAUUUUGAUCUUUACAAGAAGCCACCUGUUUACCUCCCAGCAUCAGCGCCUGCUACUCAUUGGGCAGUGGACACUUGGCUGCAUGAAGACUCUGGUCAGCUUCAGAAAACUAUAUUUGAUGACACCAAGCUGAAAGUUUACAGGUGCUCCACAGCAGCCGAGCUAACCACACGUGGCCCAAAAGCCAGUGCCCAGCUAGACAAACUACAGGAACUUCUGAAAGAUGAACCACAGAAAUUCUCACUUAAGAGACCAGCCAUGAUCCUGCAGCCUAUCCCAGCACUGUCAGUGUUGCAGCAUAUACCUGCCUGUGGCAGUUACCCAGACCUGACCAGAAAGAGGAGCACCACCAAUGGAUUUGUUCCAGGUCUUGAAGACCAGCACAGCUUGAAGUGGAAUGGGAAUAUAGUCCCCUGCCAUGACAUGGAACAUAAGAAGUUUGAAAAGCUGAAAGGAGCCGACUUCAAUUUACUGUGUUAUGAACAUUCCUUUCUUUACAAGAGGAAAAGACCAGAGAAGAAAGGGGAGGAUACAACCCUUCUGCUACAGCAAGACUCCACUCAAUAGUCAGCUACUACUUCCAGUAAAUGGAAUGACCCUAUCACAGUGACUAGAAGAAGAUGGGUAAUCCGUUACAAAAAAAAAUUCACAUACCAAGUUCAUCAAAGACUGAAGUUUUAAUUAUUUUAGGUCUCCCACCCCUUAAGUCUGGGGGGAAAAACCUGAUGGGAACAUCAGGAAAGUGUGUUUAAUACACACUCUAACUUGAAAACUUUUAGAGAGAACACUUACAUACUUGGAUUACUGUGUCAGUUUUAAUAAUUCAUUAAAAUAUCAUUUGUGUACAAAGAUCACACAGUGGAAGUUGUGGAAGCUGGUUAACUUACUCCAUACUCCCAAUUUCUUUACCUCUCCUACCUGAGAGGUAUUUAAGAUUAUUUAACGUAACAUCCAUCAGAAAAUUAGAAACCUCUUGCUGUAUUGUCUGUUCUAUUUGCGAACAACUGUGUUCUAUAUUCUGUGAUGAACCUGUUCCUAUAAAUCUCAUUGUUUUUCGUUUAACUGUUAUAGCAGGACAACAAAGUCUCUCUUCUGUGGCUUUCCAAAAAUUGAGAUGUUAAUGUGCAUUGUCUCAAUUUAUAAAAAACUGGCAGCCCAACAGCAUUCUGAAGAAUAGGAGUACAUUUCUGUUGAAGUGAACGUGGAUUUUCCCUGGGUUUAUCUGAAGGCCCACACUCUCAGAAUAUAUGCAGGAUGGGAUUAGCUCCUUGAAGUCUAGCCUGUUACACAGAGCAUGCAGAACCAUCGCUUCAGUGGAGGAAAGGAUCUAACAUUCCAAUCUGCAGCGGCUAUGAAUACAGAUACAAAGGUCUCUGCUCUCUGGACGGUUCUAGAACUUACUGAGUUAAGGUACAGGGUCCCAGAGGCAGGGUCUGCAGUUCUCCAUAGAAAACUCUGGUUUCAACAGACUCUUUAGAUGGGAUAUUGAAAGAGUGUGACCACACCCAUUAGUCAGUCCUAGAAAAUAUAAGUGCACUCACUUCAUGAUCAUGAUUGCGUAGACCAAUACUGAUGGAUCGACUAGCCCUGGAUAUAGCUGCUGUCAUUGCAUACAAAUUAAUGGAGACAUCUGCUACUCUCUUCAGAACCAGCUGCUCAUCCACUAUAGUCUAGAGAAGAAGAUUAAAAAAAUAAAUUUAGCAGCUUCCAUUACAUCAUUUAAAACCACAACUACCCAGCAAUGUCCACCCAAACACAAUGUAGUACAUUUCAAAAAAGAACGUAUGCUUGUGUCACUGGUUUACUUCCUUUAGCACAUACAGUCAAGCCACUGUAACAACUUCAAUUUCCUUUGCUUUUCCACAUGUAUUAUCUCCUUCCUCCUUACCAGUAAAUGGUCCUUAAGUGUCAUGCAUGACAUGGACCUUUACACUAUUCUAAGGGCAGCAGGGACUCCACCAAUUCCUCCCACCUGUUGGCAACUAAUUGCAGCUACGACAGCACUUUCAGGAGAGGCUGUCUACCACCGCCAAGGGUGAAUGUCGAACCCCCACAGAUUUUUAUUUAAUACAGUAGAUGGAACUGUAUUAUACAGGAGGAAUCUUAGUUCAUCGUGAGGCAAACCACUGUCCGUAUUUUGUCAUCUUUGAAUUCUGAUGUAGUCUAUUCAACGUGAAAAUCCUAUUAAAAACAUGAUUACUUUGCCAAACCUCCUUAGCAAGCCUUCCACUGUAGUUCCAAAAUAAUAGAUGUUUUCUUCAAGUUUCUUGCCGCUUUCCUAUAAGUGAAAACAAAGGGGACCUACUGUGUAGUUAUUUUAAACACAUGUUUUGAGUGCUCUGUAAGAAACUAGAUUAACAACUUGCAACACUGAAGAUUUAGCCAAACAAACACUGUACAUAGUGUAAACGUUGGGAGGGGAAGCUGCUCCUUCACUGCCCAGUCAGGAAUCCAAAACCCUGACCUGGAUGGGACUCCUCAUGAGCAUGGGAAAGCUCAGCCCCACCAGUCUGUAGCCUCUGCUCAGAC